AUGAGUCCCGCAGCUCCGGUUCCGCCUGACUCCACCCUGGAAAGUCCUUUUGAGGAAAUGGCCCUGGUGAGGGGCGGCUGGCUGUGGAGACAGAGCUCCAUCCUCCGCCGCUGGAAGCGGAACUGGUUUGCCUUGUGGCUGGAUGGGACCCUGGGCUACUACCACGAUGAGACUGCCCAGGAUGAGGAGGACCGCGUGCUCAUCCAUUUCAAUGUCCGCGACAUAAAGAUCGGCCAAGAGUGCCACGAUGUGCAGCCCCCAGAAGGCCGGAGCCGAGAUGGCCUGCUGACUGUGAACCUGCGGGAGGGCUCCCGCCUGCACCUGUGUGCUGAGACCAGAGAUGACGCCAUAGCGUGGAAGACGGCACUGCUGGAGGCGAACUCCACGCCGGCCCCAGCUGGAGCCACCGUCCCUCCCAGGAGCCGCCGGGUUUGCCCCAAGGUCAGGUGUGUGACCCGCUCGUGGAGCCCCUGUAAGGUUGAGAGGCGGAUCUGGGUGCGUGUCUACAGCCCGUACCAGGACUACUAUGAGGUGGUGCCCCCCAACGCGCACGAGACCACAUAUGUCCGCAGCUACUAUGGACCGCCCUACGCGGGGCCUGGAGUGACGCACGUAGUGGUGCGGGAGGAUCCCUGCUACAGCGCGGGCGCCCCCCUGGCCAUGGGCAUGCUUGCGGGAGCCGCCACAGGUGCCGCACUUGGCUCGCUCAUGUGGUCGCCCUGUUGGUUCUGAGCCCUGGACCCUACGCAUAGACCAAAAAGAGCCCCUGUCUCUUUGGUCCCACCUUUCACUAGCCAAGCCCAAUCCCACUUUGGAAGCUAUUAUCCCAGGCACAAACAUAGCUCAAAAUCCUUCUAUCUACUGCUAGACAUUCCAGAAAUCCAUUAUAGACAUUUGGAUAUCUUUCUCCCAAAUACACCAGGACACAGAAAAUGCAAGUCAUGGGGCUUCAAGUUCCUCAGUCACUGGAGACGCAAGAAUCAGGUUCUUUCCUCUGGCAGCUCCAGGCUUGGUGGGGACAAACGAGUAAAGAGACACUUGACAAAGUGGAGUUAUCAAUCCGUUGACAGUAUGAGGGCAAAGAGUGAGGAAGGUAGGCUAGGGCUGCAGUUGUUGGCAGGAGUCCAGAGCUGUGAACAUAAUGGCAUGUCCAAAGAGUUGAAAGGGAGUCCUCUGGGCUGGGGUGUGGGCAGGGGCCAGAUCAUGAUGGUCCCCCAGGCUAAGAAGGUGCUGAGUAAGGGGGAGAUGUGAGCCUUUGGAGGGAAGUUUCAUGAUUGCACUUAUAAUGAACAUAUUGCCUGUUUUAAUACCCUAACACCCCCUGAAUUUAGCCCCAUUUUUCCCACUACUAGAUUUCUGGGUCCCUUGUUCCUUCAAUGCUCAGAAAGCCCGUUUUCCAUGUCAGGGUACUUGGGGCAGCAAUUGAGCUGAACCUGAGGUCCCCUUGCUAGGGGGCAGGUGAGCUCUAUUUGUGACUUGCCCCUAGGUUGGUGCCUCCAUCAAUAAAUGAUUUUCUACUCCCCAGGAGGUUGGCCCUCUAUCCAUAGCUGUGGCUACCACCAUCUCAGGCUCUGUCCCUUGCUUCACUCUGGGAGAGAUGGCAGUGUUCACCUCUGGGACCUGAUCCAUCUUUGUCUCAGUCCAGGAGGCCCCACAUGUGCCUCCCUGAAGGUGGCCCAGCAGUCUCAUUUGGUCCCCUUCUAGUCUCCUCUCCCAUCCUGUCCCAGUCACUAGCAGAAAUGCUAACAUUCCUGCCCAGUAGCCAGAGUAGCGUGCUAAAA